GGUCCCGCCUCCUCUCCUUGUUGAUCAGCCAUGCAGCUACCAGAGUCGGCCCUUCCUGGGUCUUGGGUCCCAGAACGGACCGUGUGGUUAAAUACCAGCACCCCCAUGCCACUUCUGGGCCUCGGCACCUUUCGUCUUAAGGGCGACGAGGCUGUGCGUGCCAGCCUGGAUGCAGCUCUGGCGAAUGGCUACCGCUUGGUGGAUACGGCCGCCGUCUAUGGCAACGAGGCCACGCUCGGACGAGCCCUUAAGGAUUUGCUGCCUCGCCACCGUCUCUCCCGCGAGGACGUUUUUCUGACCAGCAAGCUGAGCCCGAGAGACCACGGAGAGGAAGCUGCCUAUGCAGCUUGCCUUCGUAGUUUGCAAGACCUAGACUGCGGUUACCUGGACCUCUACCUGAUCCAUUGGCCGGGGACUCAAGGCCGGCCUCAGGACGAUGCCGGCAACCCGGAACGUCGGCUGCAAAGUUGGCGCGCCCUGGAGAGGCUGCACAAAGCUGGGAAGCUCCGAGCUAUCGGCGUUUCCAACUACACCGUCUGUCACCUUCAGGAACUGUUGGCCAACUGCAAGGUAAUGCCCGCCGUCCUGCAGGUGGAAUGCCACCCGGAACUCGCGCAGACAGAGCUGCUCGAAUUUUGCACCCGGAAUGGCAUCCAUUUGCAAGCUUAUUCCUCGCUGGGGACCGGGUUGUUGGUAGAGCACGCCGUAGUACGAGCCGUAGCCCAGCAGCACGGUCGCACGGCGGCCCAGGUCUUGCUCCGUUGGGCUCUGCACCGAGGCGUCAGCGUGAUUCCCAAGUCGGCGUCUCCACGCCGAGUGGCUGAAAACGGCCAGGUGUGGUCGUGGGACUUGAGCCAAGCCGAUAUGGAAGAGCUACGACGCCUGGAUUGCGGGAAACGGUAUUGCUGGGAUCCUACUGGGGUUGCGUAAGAGGGCCGGCACGAAUUCCUCCAGCUGAAAGCAGGAAUCUUCCAACUCAUGAGAAGGUCACCCCGUUUCAUGAAGCCGAUUUCCUAUUUCCAAGCUUGUUGUCUUGCGAGGUGCCAACAUUGGUUGCUAAUUGUUGGUUUAGCGCCUUAUCCA